GCUGGACGUUCGUCGUGGGCGCCGCGCAUGCGCGUGCGGGCUGAGGCGCUCCCUUUACGCCCCCAGCUCCCUCAGGCGUGACGGCCAUGUCGGAGUCCGGGCACAGCCAGCCGGGGCUGUACGGGCCGGAGCGGCGGCGACGUUGGAAAGAACCGGGAGCGGGCGGGCCCCAGAACCUGUCGGGGCCCGGGGGACGGGAGAGGGAUUAUGCUCCGUGGGAUCGAGAGCGGGAGAGGCGGGAUGGAAGCGAAGAACCAGGGACUUCCGUCAUGCAGAAGACCCCCAUCAUCCUCUCGAAACCCCCGGCUGAGCGGUCCAAGCUCUUGGCUCCCGCGGCCGCCCCCGCUGCCCCUGCCGCCCCGGCCCCCCCGUUAGAGAAGCCCAUCGUCCUCAUGAAGCCUCGGGAGGAAGGGAAGGGGCCCGGAGCGGGGGUCGCGCCCGCGGAGGGCUCCGCCCCCACGCCCCCGGCAGCCCCCGUGCCCCCCAAGGGGGAGAAGGAAGGGCAGAGGCCCACCCAGCCCGUCUACCAGAUCCAGAACCGGGGCAUGGGGACCGCCGCUCCUGCUGCCAUGGACCCCGUGGUGGGCCAGGCCAAGCUGCUGCCCCCUGAGCGGAUGAAGCACAGCAUCAAGCUGGUGGACGACCAGAUGAACUGGUGUGACAGCGCCAUUGAGUACCUGUUGGACCAGACGGACGUGCUGGUGGUGGGCGUCCUGGGGCUGCAGGGCACGGGGAAGUCCAUGGUCAUGUCCCUGCUGUCCGCCAACACCCCUGAGGAGGACCAGAGGGCCUACGUGUUCCGGGCCCAGAGCCCCGAGAUGAAGGAGCGGGGAGGCAACCAGACCAGCGGCAUCGAUUUCUUCAUCACGCAGGAGCGCAUCGUCUUCCUGGACACCCAGCCGAUCCUCAGCCCCUCCAUCCUGGACCACCUCAUCAACAACGACCGCAAGCUGCCUCCAGAAUACAACCUGCCUCACACCUACGUGGAGAUGCAGUCCCUGCAGAUCGCAGCUUUCCUGUUCACGGUCUGCCACGUGGUCAUCGUGGUGCAGGACUGGUUCACCGACCUGAGCCUUUACAGGUUUCUGCAGACGGCGGAGAUGGUGAAGCCGUCCACCCCGUCCCCCAGCCACGAGGCCAGCGGCUCCCCGGGCUCUGACGAAGGGACCGAGUAUUACCCCCACCUGGUGUUCCUGCAGAACAAAGCCCGCCGAGAAGACUUUUGCCCCCGGAAGCUUCGCCAGAUGCACCUGGUGAUCGACCAGCUCAUGGCCCACUCUCACCUGCGCUACAAAGGGACACUGUCCAUGCUGGAGUGCAACGUGUUCCCAGGGCUGCCCCCUGAUUUCCUGGACUCAGAGGUCAACCUCUUCUUGGUGCCGUUCAUGGAGAGUGACGGGGACGGCGAGAGCCUCCCCCGGGCAGGCCCGGGUUCCGGCCCCCUUUUUUCCCUGCUGCCCGGCUACCGGGGCCACCCCAGCUUCCAGUCGCUGGUGAACAAACUCCGAAGCCAGGUGAUGUCCAUGGCGCGGCCGCAACUCUCCCACACCAUCCUCACCGAGAAAAAUUGGUUCCACUAUGCCGCCCGCAUCUGGGAUGGGGUCAAGAAAUCGUCGGCUCUGGCCGAAUACAGCCGGCUGCUGGCCUGAGGGGGAAGAGGCGCUCCUGGGUUUCCUGGAGGACGACGGCCCCCGGACGGACCCGAGGGAGGGCCCGGCCCGCCCCUUCAGAGAGCCGCAGUGUGGAGAGGUGGUCUGGGGGAGGAGGCACCCCGUUCCGGUGCCUCCCGGGAGGGCAGCCGGAGCUGGAGAAGCGUCAGGUUCGGGGCCUGGCCACCGCGGGAGGAAGGCGGGGUUGUGUGUGGAAGGAGGAUGGUGAUUCCUGGCCCCUGCGUGGAGGAGGAAGGGGCCGCGGUGGUGGUUGCCAGGCUCCCCCCACCCACCCACGGCCCACCGAUGUCGCUUCAGCAGGGUGGAUGGUGGCUGCGAUGAGCAGGGGGCAGCCACGCAGGAUCCACAGGCCUCUACCAGCCCACAGUCUAAGUUGCCCGGGUGGCGUAGCCCGCCCACCGGGGCACUGGGAGAUUGUGGGUACGGGGGCAGGUGUGGCGGUCAAUAAAUUCGGCAAAGUCUCCCGCC